GAAAAAUGCAGUCGUUAACAAAACUUUUAACAUGCUGUUUAAACAGGAGAAAUAUGUCGCUGAUCGUCCGGCUUGUGCGAGGAGAGUGGAAAAGGGACGAAACCGGGUGUUAUGAACAUGUAUCCGAGAUAGAAGGUUUCUGUCUAGCCGUUCGUUUGCGAGAAAAAGACAGUUACGCGAGAGUAGUCGAAGUAGUGAAAGACAAACUUAAGCUCCGACCGGAGGAUGAUAUCGAGCUGUCUUACCAAUGGCCGCAAUGGAUGAUGGGACCAGAUUGGCAACGAGCUAACCCCAUACACAUUCACGACGACGAAGAUAUGUCGUUGUUUAUGGCCAUCCGAGCAGAUCUUGAGGAGAUGCAUCUCAAAGUUAAAAUCGUGAGAGGGACGAUGACAGAGCGUACGGUGAACUCAUACAGAAGCCACAUCGACAUCGGAAGCAUGAGCGCAGAGGCGAUAUCAGACAGAUAUUGGAACAGUGCGGAGACAAGGGCUGUCUGGAACACUGCGGUAACGAGGAUGUUGCUCCGUAAUCUAUCAGAUAACGCAGCCGGCAGCAGUAGCCCACAUGUUACCCAACCAGAAGGUAUGGCUGGCGCGAUGGGAAGAAAACAGGCCGGAGGGAUAGUAAUCAAUGACAACCAGGGCAUAACAGGGGUAGGAAGCGUUGAUCCAAUAAACAUGACACAGCCAGAAAACGGAGUAAGCGCCAAAGGCAAGGAGCCAGCCAUUGACGAGGAAACGAGGAGAGAUUUGGAGUUUGAGAUGUGGAGAAGAAAUAAACAAGCUGAGAUGUUGAAAGAAAUUUAUGCAACAGAGAUGACACUGGGGGUUCCAGAAAGAACAGAGGAGGAAAAAACGCCGGAGAAGAGAACAGCAAGAGCACUUGAUUUCGGAGAUCAAAAUAAAGAUGGUACAAAUCCAAACAUCGAAGUCCAACUAACACUUGCAAGUGCCGAACCAAAUACGGAUGGGCCAAUGAUAGUAUCUGUAUCAUCAACGGACUCAACAUAUGGAACACCAACAGAGCUAUCUGCAAGCUUGAGCUUCGACAGUGACGAGCUGAUGGAUGACACAGAUAUAUCGAGCAACAACUGCCUCUCGCAGAUAGGGGAAGACAUGCUAGCUCAUUAUUACUCAGACCCAGAUGGGCCGCUAUGUAUGGGACCGACUGAUACAACAAACAUGAAUAAGAGAAAGGCAGUAUCAGCCCCCGGCGCCAAAACAUUUCAAGAUUUGGGAGAGGCAUCAACGGCAAGGGUAGGAGCAAAAAUGGGGGAGAUGGUUUUGAAGGAAAUUCCGGUUCCAACAGUCCUGUAUGAUAGAGACGCACCACCGUACUUCGACGACCCGGGAGAAGAAGAUUAUUUGCAUCGGGCCCUGAUGGAUGCCGACUACGAAGGGGACGACAUAUUCAUUGGCAGGUUGUUCAAAAGUAAGGAAGACUGCGCAACAAAGCUUGCUAUUCAUGCAAUAAGGCGAAAAUUUCAUUUCAUUUACGCCAAAUCAUGCCCCAACAUACUGUUAGCGGUAUGCGUCAGCCAUACGUGCCAGUGGCGGGUUUACGCAACAAAGCUAGAGGAUAGCGAGCGAUUCGAAGUUAAAAGCGCGACUCUCCAUCAUACUUGCAGUGUUGACGCGCGAGGAGACUUCCAUAAACAAGCAUCAACUGCGGUUAUCGGGAAAUUGAUGCGGACCAAGUAUCUUGGAGUUGGGGGAGGACCACGACCUAACGAGUUGAGGAAAAUGCUACGACAAGAAUUUAGCCUUAAUGUGUCUUACUGGAAAGCAUGGAGGGCCAGAGAAAUAGCAAUGGACAAUGCGAUGGGUUCAGCAAUGGGGAGUUAUGCUUUAAUUCAACCUUACUUCAAACUUCUGUUGGAGACAAACCCUAAUUCAUUGGUGGCGUUGGAGACAGAGAAAGAUAGCUCCGGUGGUGUUUACCCUAUGGCUUCACAUGCAGCUUGCGUGGUACAUCUGAAAAGGAACAUUGUAGCAAUGUUCAAAUCUGAGGCGUUAAGUGUUCUAGUAGCAAGAGCAGCAAGGGCUUACCGGCUAAGUGAUUUCAACGGAAUAUUUGCUGAGAUAAGAGCAAUGCACCCACCAUGCGCAGAUUACCUAACAGGGAUCGGGUUUGAGCAUUGGACUAGGUCGCAUUUCGUUGGAGAUAGGUUUAACUUCAUGACGAGCAACAUAGCGGAAUCGCUAAAUAAUGUGUUAACAAUGGCUCGGGAUUAUCCGGUAAUUUCUAUUCUAGAAUCACUGCGAACCACGCUGGUUACAUGGUUUGCCCUCAGGCGAGAAGCUGCUCAGCAGGAGGGGAACAUUUUACCACCCAAGGUGAAUGAAAUGGUGAUUGAGAAUUUUGAGAAAGGAGCUGGAUAUGUGGUGCUUAAGAUCGGGGAGGCCAAUUAUGAAGUGAGAGAUAGAAAUGACUCCGGAUUUGCUGUAAACUUGUGGGAGAGAACUUGCACAUGUAGAGAGUUCCAGCUAUUAACAAUUCCUUGUUCCCACGCAAUAGCAGCAGCUAUAAAAGAGGGGAUUCGGGUAGACACAAUGGUAGGCAUACAUCACACAGUGCCUCAUCUAAGGUUGGCCUACCAAGGCAUAAUAAUGCCAGUCCCCGAUAUGGAUACACUAACUCCGUCCCCAGAUGAUAUCGGAGGGGGGAAACUGGCCCCACCUUAUGUCCGCAGGCCACCAGGUCGCCCAAGAAAGAGAAGGAUGCUGUCAAGGGGGGAGUUUAAGAACUUCGGCGAAAAGGUGUUCACGCUGCAGGGGAAUUGGCCACAACAGGGCAACAUGCCGUGGGCCGAUAGCGGGACGAUCCCAACAAACCUUCCUUAUGAAUGUUAAAUAUAUGUUUAUGUUGAAUGAUAUGCUGUAACAAAAUAUGUACCACGAUAUAUACCCUCUACUUAAAAUUAACAAACUUGAAAGGUAACUAGCGUCCUGAAAUAAAAAGAUAAGACAACA